GAGGACGCGGCGGCGGCGGCGGCGAGGCCGCGGGAGGCCGCGGAGGAUGGAGGAGCGGAAGGAGGAGGGCGAGGCCGAGAUCCAGGAGCACGGGCCCGAGCACUGGUUCUCCAAGUGGGAGCGGCAGUGCCUGGCCGAGGCCGAGCAGGACGAGCAGCUGCCCCCCGAGUUGCAGGAGGAGGCGGCGGCCGCCGCGCAGCCCGAGCACAAGCAGCAGAAGCUGUGGCACCUUUUCCAGAACUCGGCCACCGCCGUGGCCCAGCUUUACAAAGACCGAGUGUGUCAGCAGCCAGGACUUUCUCUCUGGGUCCCCUUCCAAAACGCAGCCACCGCCGUCACCAACCUCUACAAAGAGAGCGUGGAUACCCAUCAGCGAAGUUUUGAUAUUGGCAUUCAGAUUGGCUAUCAGCGACGCAAUAAGGAUGUGUUGGCUUGGGUUAAAAAACGCAGAAGAACUAUACGUAGAGAAGAUUUGAUCAGCUUCCUGUGUGGGAAAGUUCCUCCACCACGAAACUCUAGAGCUCCCCCAAGACUGACUGUAGUGUCCCCUAACCGAGCUACUUCAACGGAAACUAGCUCAUCUGUAGAGACUGAUUUGCAACCCUUCCGGGAAGCCAUAGCUCUGCAUGGUCUUAGUGGUGCAAUGGCUAGUAUAAGCGUGCGUUCGAGUACCCCAGGCUCUCCUACACAUGUAAGCAGUGGAUCGAAUGCUAGUCGAAGGAGAAAUGGACUCCAUGAUGUCGAUUUGAACACUUUCAUAUCAGAAGAAAUGGCACUCCACUUGGACAAUGGUGGAACUAGAAAGCGUACCUCAGCCCAGUGUGGCGAUGUCAUUACAGACUCACCAACCCAUAAACGCAACAGAAUGAUCUAAACUGCAAACAUUUUCACACCCACCAUGCUGCUUGAAAGCCACUUGAUCCUCAACAUAUACUAUUAUUGCAAAGGAAACAUGAGGCCAUCUUCCCUUGUUCACUGUUUAAGACAAGUGAAUUCUAUAGUGGUUGCCAUAAAAGGAAGUUCUAGGUAUUUACGGUAGAUGCCUCUUGUAACUAUGGCUUUCUUAAAACUAUAAUCCUAGCAGAGGACAUCAGAUAUUGUGUAGUCGUUAGCAAGAUCAUCAUAGGCAAACAUAUAUCCGUUCCAAGGCUAAAAGUGACCUUAACUGUAUUUAUUCUCAAAGGGAAAGGAAAUAUCAGAUGUUUAUUUGGUUAUAGAAUGCUUUUUUUUUUUUUGUCCUUCAUUUCCUGCUGUGUUGAGUAUUUUGCUUCAACAGUAUUGCCAGUCUCCUAAAAUUGUCUAAAAACACGAUUUGGCUUCCUUGUCAAAUCUGCAGGCUUCCAUUUUUGCAACAGCACUGUACCACGCACCUGGUUUCUAUAGAAUAACAGCGUGCGACUUCUCAUUAUUGGACUGUUCCCCUGUUUUUAGUUUUCAAAGCAGUUUCUAAUUCUGGUGAUUGUGUGAUGUAAAGAGGUGCUAUGAUGGUCAUGCAAUUAAUAUUGAAUCAAUACACAGAACUCUAUUGGAUUCACUUUGUGUGUGUUAGUGCUCUGAAAAUAGCAAUAUUAUUAAACUGCCCCCUGAUUAACCCUGUAGGCUUAAAAUACUCAGUUUUAAGACAAGUACUGCUUUCCAUCGUUAUGGUAAGUGUAAACGUGUAGACUGCAUUCAAGGCGACCUAGAGAGGUCGUUUACGCACUUUGAGAAUGGGCUUCCUUUUGGGUUCAGUAUUAGUGAGAGGGGGAUGAUGGUGUGGGGUAGUCAUAGAGUCUUUUGUGUCCUGUUUAAUCUUUUUCACGAAUGCCCGACUUUGUGCAGUUUCCACUGGAAUGGGCGGAAGAUAAAGGUCUGUUUUAUCUACUAAUAACGUGAUCACAACUUAAAUAGCAAAACUCCAUUCUCCUCAUCCCUCCAGUUCCUCUCCUUAAAAGUACAGUGUGGAAUCUCAUUCUGGAAGAGAUGGCAUCGCAUGGAGGUUCUCUAAAUGUUAGGUAGACCUACGUAAAAGUUCCUCAGUGGAUUCCUCUUUUGAGUAAAUGUAAGACCUCUUGUAGCUGCGAUGUUCUAGAGCAUGUUUCAUCUUCAUUUUUAAUAUCUUGAACUGAAUGAUAGUCUUCUGUAGACGAAGAACUGACGGCAGCCUGCCAGGUACUGUAAUUUAUUCUAUCCUAUUAUAUAUCACGUAGGACAGUGAAAAUGUUUCCUUGCAAACUAGUAGUCUGGUAUCAGUUAUUUCCUAUUUUUAAUCUUUAAAAGACCAUUGCAAAUCAGUGUAAGGGUUUUUUCAGUAAUUACUCACAGCACUUUGUUAAAGUUUGCGAUAUCUUCAACUGUUUACUGGUAUCCUUCUGUGAAGAAACUUUGCUAAGUUAACCAUAAUGUUCAUUGACUGGGGUGGGAUAUGAAUGGGAUGUUAGAAAUGUGUGGAUUGAAGUUCUGUAUUCAUUAUAGAUAUAGCCCUUAUUUAAAAAAGUGAAUUCCAUACUAAAACUAGGGGUGUGAGGUAUUUCUAAAUUUUUGCAAAAGUGGGUCAUUUUGUUUGUGUGAAUAUCAUAGCAGGAAGAAUUACAGCAGUCUGUUAUAUUUGACCUGAAAGGGGCAAGUUUGUGUACUGUGAAUACUUUCAGUCUUCCCUUUGGAAUAUACCAAGAAAUGCAUUUGGAGUUAUCUUUGUUUUUCUCCUGUAAAAUUAGAUUCUGGUUAGUGGUUUGAGGCACUGCUUAUGAGUGGCCAGAGUUCCUAUUCAUAAAGGCUGUUGAAAUCCAGAACACAUUUAAUCUCCCCUUUAUGCUUUGGUUCAAGUUGAAUACCAAUUUUUUUGUUUUUGUUUAAAUUGGUGCUCUGAAGCUUCUUAGUACCCUUUACUCUCAAUUGUCAAAUUUUGAUAAAACGUGUGCCAUUUUCUUUGGUAAGAGAAAGCCGGUCUUAAUGUCUGCCAGAACACAGUUUAUAUGCCUUAUUGGCUCCAUUAAACUUUUAAAAAACUUUA